UACCGACGGUGUACGCAUGCGUGGGACUGCGUUCCUAGCGUGCGUGUGACGUCACGGGCGCGCCAGUCUGAACUCUUCCUGGUUUCUCUUUAGAGCGUUGGUCAAUUUCCAAGUAUGUUUGGAGUUCGUUGCUUGGGUACAAGUGAUGACUAACUUAAAGGAAAGGAAAAGCAAAACUAAAUCAAAGAAGCUUAAAGCAAAUUAUUGACUACAUUUUGGAUAAAACACUGGGCUUUGUGUUUUCAGCAGUAAGCUAUCAACUUCCCUAACUGAAUGUGCUUUCCACGGCACUGUGAAGCAGAUCUGAUAUGCCACUUGAAUUAAUAAAAGAAGUCAAAGGAGUGCCUGAAGUUGAUCUGCUAAGUAAAUUACACAAAGUAGAUUUCAGAUACCUACAGCCAGGUUGUGAUUAUAGCAGGAAAUAUAUCGAGGGAAAACUCUCACUUAUCUCUUCUUUAACUUAUGAUGGAAACAGAAGAGCUGUUUUGAAGAUUGGACUACAAGAACAAGAAAAUUCAAAUUCGGAGAUUAACACUCUCAGUGUAUUAUUUUUUGGAAAAUUAGCAAAGGACUGUGCUAAAGUUUUCUAUGAAGGGGACACCAUUGCAGUGGCCGGAUUUGUUAUUUUGUCAACAUCUUCAUCUACAAGCAGAGAUGGUAAACGUUGCUUAUUUUUGAAAGCAUCUGAGGACUUCAAAUCAACUGUUUAUGUUUAUGUUAAAUCCGUAAGAGAUUUUUCUACAGAAUCAAUGUCUUUGGUUUCAGCCACACAUUAUGUAUAUACACCCCUGAAUCAACUUAAGAGUGGCAUGAUUGUCAAUGUCUAUGGUGUUGUGAAGUUCUUUAAGCCUCCAUAUCUGAGCAAAGGAACGGAUUAUUGCUCAGUUGUAACAAUUGUGGACCAGACACAUGUAAAGUUAACCUGCCUGUUCUUUAGUGGAAAUUAUGAAGCCCUUCCAAUGAUUUAUAAAAAUGGAGAUAUUGUUCGCUUUCACAGGCUGAAGAUCCAAGUAUAUAAAAAGGAGACUCAAGGUAUCACCAGCUCUGGCUUUGCAUCUUUGACAUUUGAGGGAACUUUGGGAGCUCCUAUCAUACCUCGUACUUCAAGCAAGUGUUUUAACUUCACCGCUGAGGACCACAAAAUGGUAGAAGCCUUACGUGUUUGGGCAUCUACUCAUAUUUCACCUUCUUCAACAUUAGUGAAAUUGUGUGAUGUCCAGCCAAUGCAGUAUUUUGACCUGACUUGUCAGCUCUUGGGCAAAGCAGAAGUGGAUGGAGCAUCAUUUCUUCUAAAGGUAUGGGAUGGCACCAGGACCCCAUUCCCAUCUUGGAGAGUCUUAAUACAGGACCUUGUUCUUGAAGGUGAUUUAAGUCACAUCCACCCGGUGCAGAAUCUGACAAUAGACAUUUUAGUCUAUGACAACCAUGUUCAAGUGGCCAAAUCUUUAAAGGUUGGAAGCUUUCUUAGAAUUUACAGCCUCCAUACCAAACUUCAGUCAGUCAAUUCAGAGAACCUGGCAACAUUUUUAGCCCUAGAGUUUCAUCUCCAUGGAGGCACCAGUUAUGGUCGGGGAAUCAGAGUCUUGCCAGAAAGUAACUCUGAUGUGGAUCAACUGAAAAAGGUUUUAGAAUCUGUAGAUUUGCCAGCCAAUCAGUGUUUAGAGGGUAUAUGUCAAUCAGAACAUGAGGACAGCUUUUCAAAUAUUUCAAGCUCUGGAUCAGUAUCACUAUAUGAGGUGGAAAGAUGUCAACAACUGUCGGCUACAAUACUUACGGAUCAUCAGUAUUUGGAGAAAACCCCACUGUGUGCUAUUUUGAAACAAGAAGCUCCUCAACAAUAUCGUAUCCGAGCAAAAUUGAGGUCAUAUAAGCCCAGAAGACUCUUUCAGUCUGUUAAACUUUAUUGUCCUAAAUGUCAUUCACUGCAAGAAGUUCCACAUGAAGGUGAUUUGGAUAUAAUUUUGCAAAAGGGUGCAACCAAAACCCCAGAUAGCAAACUACAAAAUACAUCAUUAUAUGAUUCAAAAAUCUGGACCACUAAAGAUCAAGGAGAACGAAAAGUAGCUGUUCAUUUUGUGAAAAAUAAUGGUAUUCUCCCACUUUCAAAUGACUGUCUAAUUUUGAUAGAAGGAGGUACACUUAAUGAAAUCUGCAAACUCUCAAACAAGUUUCAUAGUGUAAUUCCUGUGAGAUCUGGCCAUGAAGACCUGGAAGUCCUCGACCUUUCAGCACCAUUCCUUAUACAAGGAAAAAUACAUCACUAUGGAUGUAAACAGUGCUCUAGUUUGAGACCAAUACAGAAUCUAAAUUCCCUGGUUGAUAAAACAUCGUGGAUUCCUUCUUCUGUGGCAGAAGUACUGGGUAUUGUACCACUCCAACAUGUGUUUGUGAUGACAUUUACUCUUGACGAUGGAACAGGAGUAUUGGAAGCUUACCUCAUGGAUUCUGAAAAAUUUUUCCAGAUUCCAGCAUCAGAAGUCCUAACCAAUGAUGGCCUUCAGCAAAGUAUGGAUAUGAUCAUGGAUAUGUUUUGUCCUCCAGGAGUAAAAAUUGAUGCAUAUCCAUGGUUGGAAUGCUUCAUCAAGUCGUAUAAUGUCACAAGUGGAGCAGAACAGCAGAUUUGCUAUCAGAUUUUUGACACCACAGUUGCAGAAGAUCUCAUCUAAUUUUGACAUUCAACUUAGCAUAUGUAAAAUGCUAUAAUUUUGGAAAACAUUACUGUUUUCUAUGAGAUUGCUAUAAAAGACAUAAGAUUUCAGCUCUGGGUUUAUUUUCCAUUUUAACCAGUAUUUAAAAAUUUUUUGACAAAUAGGCAUUGUGUUAUCUUAAUGCCCUCUUAUAAGUUGAAAAUGUUCCUGUUGCUCAAAAUAUUCAGUAUGAUGGCUGUGAGGGAUAUAAAAGAGAGACAUCAAAUAAAUAAGUACUGUGUUUUCAUUUACUCUUUACUCUCCUCCUUUCAGAGAAGCUAUUUUGUUACCCUAAAAAUCACUCUCCCUAUUGGUUUUUCCAUGUAUCAGCCACUGAUUUCUCUGCCAUCCAUCAUGCCUGGUUGAGCUUCUUUUUCUGCCCUGAUUUUUAUAUCAGCAAUUUGGAUGAUUUUAGCAUGUAUAUGGGAUUAGGAAAUGUCCUUACCUUAAAUCUUCCACUCUUACUGAGCACAAGGAUUUGAUCUAUUUUGUUUUUAUGCAAAGGGAUCUGCUUGAACAAGUACUCCUUGAAGAAGUGCUUGUCUGAGUGAGCUACAGUGUGCUUGAAAAGAGUGAUUUGCUUUAAGUGGAAGUAGCAGAAUUGCUUUCUUUGGGUGCUGACUUUGACCGAUUGAGGAUAAAUCCAUUAUUUCAGACCUGAAUUAUGUGCUUUGAUUGCUUGUUUCUCUACAUGAUAUUAGAAGUUAUUCCAUUCCUCCUCAACCUAAUCAAGUGGUCAGAUCUGCAAUGUUAGCGACUUAUGUAGGUUACCCUUUUUGGUAGGGUCUUAUGUAAAAUAUACUUACAUUUCAGGUUGAACAUUGAAUGAGAAAUUAACUCAGUAUGAUAGUCUGCUUUUUACCUGAUGAUAUUUGUCAAAUUUAAAAUCAUGAAGAUUCAAUUUUAUACAAAUGCUUCUGUAUAUUUAUAUAUAUGUAAAGGUUUAUGUAUGUUAUUUGCUGAAGACUGAGAGAUACAGAUCUGCCUAGUUCAGUAUUAGUGAAGAAUAAAUAAAUGUACACAUUUCAACUGUUUCGUUUAUUUGCCCUAUGUUGAGCUGAGGCAUGAUUUGAGGUGAAGAAUCAAAGCAAGUGUGUCAAUAUAACAGAUAUUUAGGACUGUCUACACACCAGGUACCAUACUAAGUAAGCACUUAACAUGUAUUUUAGUUUCAAAACAACCCAUCAUCCUGAUAAGAAAACUAAGGUUUCACUGAUAAGCUGACUUGACCAAAUGCAUACAAUUAUUAAAUGCCAGUCAGCACUUGAAUUCAGGUAGUCUCUGCUCAGGGGCUGCACUGUUAGCCACUUCAGGCCUCUGGAGCAAAAGCUGGUAUGGGGUUUUCUGCAAGUGAGUUCUCCCUUAAAUGUCUGAAGUAACAUCGCAGAUAGAACCAAAAGGCUUUUCACACCUUAUUGGCCAAAAGGAUUGAAUAUGUGAUUUUCUCUGCUCAUAAUAACUCUAAAUUCGAAUUCCUGAGUAUAUUAGCACAUCUCCAGACCUAACUACCCAUCUGCCCCAUCGCCAGAUUAUCAGCUUGUUCAAGACAAUGAAAGAGACCAAUGCUGAUAUUUUGGAGAUGUACACUCUUGGUUCAAAACAUAUUCAAGGAAAAUCUUUUAAGAAAUGUUUUAAGAAAUUUUUGAUAUUGGUGGUAUGCUAGGGACACAAAAGUGAGACAGGCAUUUUCUCUUCCUUCGGGAAGCACCCAGUCCAGGAGAGUAAGUGUCAGAGGUGCAGGGAGUACCAUACGUGUCAGCCUGUGCUGUCUGCCAGUUAAUAAAGUAAAACUGAAUUUUCAUGAUUUCUCUUUACCAUUUGUUUUGUUUAGUAAA